AUGGUAGAACAGGGGAGUGAUGAGCUUGUGCGGGGAUGGAACAAAGAGAUCGAUGCUCUUUUGACAUUUGACGGUCUGUUCUCGGCCGCGCUCACCGCUUUCAAUACCAUCUCUUUCGCCUUCAUUCAGCCGCAGACCAACAGUACAUUAAAUGCUACGGUUCUACAGGCGAUCUCGCACCUAAGAAGCGUCAUCCUCGACUCGUCCCUCGCCAGCUCCUCGCCGGCGAUCGACGCCGCUCUGCAGUCCCCCACGCACCCGCCGAGCUGGACCGUAUGGUUGAAUGCGCUCUGGUUCACUAGCCUUACGUUCAGCUUAUCCUCGGCCACCAUCGGAAUCAUGGCCAAGCAGUGGCUGAAGGAACACAGAAUCGGGGUACGAGGGACUCAUUCCACCGACGUCGCAAGACUACGUAUGUACCGGCUCAAAAACCUCGAGGCAUCGCAUGUCCCCAUCAUCAUCGCUCUCUUGCCCCUGCUCCUUAUCAUCGCCCUUGUGCUGUUCUUCGCUGGCCUACUUAUUCUCCUCUAUCAUGCACACAAGGUCGUCUUCACAGUCACCUCCUUAUUCGUGGGCAUCUUGCUGCUCUUCAUCAUCGGCACAACCGUCCUUCCCAUCAUCGACUCUACACGCUGCUACUUCUCGCCA